ACUGGAUCAAUAAGAGAUGAUCCUUACUGGACCUCUAGGAAGAACAUUUUAGAACUGAUAGAGCUAUCCAGUAUAAAUAAAGUUAGUUUAGUUUAGACUUCAAAGAUUUGGAUUCUUGCCCUUCACUUGGUGGAAUUAAUAUUAGAAUGUUUUUUUACAAACCCUAACAUUCUAAUAUCAGUUUAGUUUAGGUUUCCUCCUGUAGUAACACUGGAUCAAUAAGAGAUGAUCCUUAUUGGACCUUUAGGAAGAACAGUUUAAAACUGAUAGAGUUAUCCAGUAUAAAUAAAAUUAGUUCAUUCUAUUUGCGUUUUAUGCGUCUCUGCCUUCGUCUUUGUCAAACACAAAUUUCGGCUGACUGGUUACCAGUUCUCGCGCGGUUACUUGUUCACGUGCAUGGCUGAUGCAAGACUGUUGCAGUGUUGACGAAAUUUUCUUUGAUUUUGCGUGAGAAAUUUAUUUUAUUUUUAAAACAUUCUGUGGCUACAAUGAGCGCAGAAGGAGGACAGCCACGUCUUUCUAAGCAGGAUUUGUCGACAUUGGUGAGUUUGCGAUCUUUACGAUUUAAUUUUGAUGUUUUGAAAAUUGUAGUCUAUAUAUACUGAGUUUCUUUGAAUCCUUUGAUACUGUUUGUAAUCUGUUUAUAUAAAUGCAAUCUGCGUUUUUCGUGAUGUUCCUAUGUUAUAUGAUACUACAGAGAAAUCGUUGUUCAAGUUGCAUCAUUCGUGUGCCCGAUUGGUAUAGUCUUAAUAUUAUGUUACUUUUAAUACAUACCCAGUGACCAUCGUACAUAAUCAUUAAAAUUGAUCAUUGGAAAUGUAGUCGAUCGAUCGAUGACAUUUAGUCAAUUGAUACCAACUGUUAUAGGGCAAUCGAUGAUAGUCACUGAUUCAGUUUUGUAGAAUAUGCUUACUAUUACAGCCAUUUAUUCAAGAGAAAAUAAGUUCUUAUUUACGUUCCAAACACACUCGUAUAAAUGGUCAAUUUGUUCACGACCAAUGUAAGUCGCAACUGAAAUAAGAACGAGGGUUCAUGCUGAUAAAGUUGCGGCUUAACAGAAGUUCACCAUUUAUACGAGUGUUUUUGCGACUUAAAUAAGACGCGACAUACAGUUGUUUCACUCGUAUAAAUGGCCCUAUCAGUGGCGUCGCCAGCCCGACAAUUUAGUCCCGCUAUGCACAUUUAAAAUUAUUAUCAUUAUUCAUUUUUUAGAAAUUGUUUGUUUUCACAGUCAUUGAACACGAGAAUAUUUGCAUAGCGGGACUAAAUAGUCGGACUGGAUAUGCUACUGGGCCCUAUUACCAGGAACAAAUUUCUUCUCUCUCCCAUUGACAACAGAUGGUGUUAGACAGAUUGAAAUAAGUUUAGUGCAAUGUGGCUGAAUGGGUUAAUCAGACUAUAGUCCCAUGUGUCUCGUUAACCUAUUAAAUUGCAGUGUGCCCUUGUUUAUUAUUUUACUCUGUUUAAUGCCAGACAAUUUUACUCAUAAAGAUGAAACCGCUGACAGUCAAUGGGUUAACUAAAUGUAUGUGAUUUUAUAGAAAAUUGAACAACUCCAUCCUUUGACACCAGAAGUUAUAAGUCGACAAGCAACAAUUAAUAUUGGUAAGUGGCUUGGCCCCUGCCUCUCUUGUGGAUUAAUAUAUAUGCCACUAUACUAGGAAUCUAUCUGAAUCAGAGGAAUCUAUGCACGAUUUUGGCACCGACAACUUUCUCUAUGUACUAGGUACCAUUGGUCACGUAGCUCAUGGCAAGUCAACUGUUGUCAAAGCUUUAUCUGGUGUUCAGGUAAAAAAUGGUGGCCUAUAACUAAACUAACUUUAUUUAUACCGGAUAGCUCUAUCAGUUCUAAACUGUUCUUCCUGGAGGUCCAAUAAAGAUCAUCUUUUAUUGAUCCAGUGUUACUACAGGAGGAAACCUAAACUAAACUAACUUUAUUUAUACUUGAUAGCUCUAUCGGUUCUGAACUGUUCUUCCUAGAGGUCCAGUAAGGAUCAUCUCUUAUUGAUCCAGUGUUACUACAGGAGGAAACCUAAACUAAACUAACUUUAUUUAUACUGGAUAGCUCUAUCAGUUCUAAACUGUUCUUCCUAGAGGUCCAGUAAAGAUCAUCUCUUAUUGAUCCAGUGUUACUAUAGGAGGAAACCUAAACUAAACUAACUUUAUUUAUACUGGAUAGCUCUAUCAGUUCUAAACUGUUUUCCCUAGAGGUUCAGUAAGGAUCAUCUCUUAUUGAUCCAGUGUUACUACAGGAGGAAACCUAAACUAAACUAACUUUAUUUAUACUGGAUAGCUCUAUCAGUUCCAAACUGUUCUUCCUAGAGGUCCAGUAAGGAUCGUCUCUUAUUGAUCCAGUGUUACUACAGGAGGAAACCUAAACUAAACUAACUUUAUUUAUACUGGAUAACUCUAUCAGUUCUAAACUGUUCUCCUUAGAUGUCCAGUAAGGAUCAUCUCCUAUUGAUCCAGUGUUAUGACAGAAAGGAAAUUUAGCUUGCAGGGAUUGAUAGGGUCAAACCAGUGCAUGAGAACACGUUAUGAUGAGCCUUGCACUAUUGGUUAGCAAUUAAGCAUUUACAACUUCUGUUGAUCUUUUUUAGACUGUUCGAUUCAAGAAUGAACUUGAAAGAAAUAUCACAAUAAAACUUGGUUAUGCCAAUGCAAAGGUAUUUUACAGACUAAUAAUACAGUGUCUAUAAGUGUUCUGUAUAAUACAACUUUGUUUUAGGCUGUGGUGUGUUUAAAAAAAGAUAACCAACAUCAAAAUUGGUUCCUAAAUUUGUAACAAAUGAAAAUAUUUUCUAGAUCUACAAAUGCAGCAAUCAAAGCUGUUCACGACCAAGUUGUUAUCGCUCGGCAGGAAGCGCUCGGGAAGAUGUAUUGCCGUGUGAAAGACAGGGGUGUUCUGGAAAAUCCCAGUUGGUCAGGUGAGUGGAAAUCAGGGAACGUUUGCUUACAAGUGGAUCACUACAAAGUCUCUCGAGUCGAAUUCUUUUGCGUAGAAAAUUUUCAGAAAAUAUAACAUUGCCUCGUACUAUAAUAGUAAAAUUUAUGACUUGUAGGCAUGUUUCGUUCGUUGAUUGCCCAGGUCACGAUAUUCUUAUGGCAACCAUGUUGAACGGAGCCGCUGUUAUGGAUGCUGCUUUGCUAUUGAUUGGUGAGACUUGCAUUUUAUCCUUUCACUUGCUGUCGAUGCAAUGGAAGUGUUGAUAAAAUAUUGCACCAGUUCCUUUACUCAAGUUGAUCAAUUCAUUUGAUGGAAAAUUGAUCAAUUUCCUGUUACUUUUAGAUUAGCCAAUUCGAUUUCGUUUCAGAACUGAUUGACCAAUAGGAAACACACAGGAAGUAAAAAGAAAUUUGAAUUCAUAUGAAUUGAUCAACUUGAGGAAAUGAAUUCAUGCAAUAUUUUAUCAACACUUCCAUUGCAUCGACAGUAAGGCCACAAGAAAUAUAACUGUAAUAGUUCCUGAGACUUAUUGUUUGAAAGCAAUGCAUUCUCAUCCAAUGAGAUGCAAUCUUGAGCACAUGAGCUUCAACAUUUGGUAUAUAAUAACUUCACUUAUUAAAUGUAUGUUUAACCAAUUUAAAAGUAUGCUUUUAAUUCAUUAAGUUGCACUGUGCUAAGACUUAGCUAAUGCACCCUACUUUAUUAUUUUACUUUAUCUAAUGCCAGACAAUUUUACUCAUGAAUGGAAGAUAUCUGUCAAUUGAACUCCCCUCUUAAACUGGAGAUCUUAUUUUAUAAUUUGAUGUACCUUUUUUUAGCUGGCAAUGAGUCGUGCCCUCAACCACAGACGUCAGAGCAUUUAGCCGCCAUUGAAAUCAUGAAGUUAAAACACAUCAUUAUCUUGCAAAAUAAGAUUGAUCUUGUAAGAGAAAGCCAAGCCAAGGAACAGUAUCUACAGAUCAAAAAAUUUGUUGAAGGUAUCAUUGUGAAAAUGUUAUCAAUAUGGCAUCUAAGGAGAACAGUUUAGAACUGACAGAGCUAUCCAGUAUAAAUAAAGUUAGUUUAGUUUAGGUUUCCUCCUGUAGUAACACUGGAUCAAUAAGAGAUGACCCUUACUGCACCUCUAGAGAGAACAGUUUAGAACUGAUAGAGCUAUCCAGUAUAAAUAAAGUUAGUUUAGUUUAGGUUUCCUCCUGUAGUAACACUGGAUCAAUAAGAGAUGUUCCUUACUGGACCUCUAGAGAGAACAGUUCAGAACUGAUAGAGCUAUCCAAGGCAGUGUAAAUAUCCCAAACAGUAUUUGAAAGUACGAUUCUUCUCCCCAGGCACAAUUGCGGAAGGAGCACCAGUGGUUCCUAUCUCAGCACAGUUAAAAUACAACAUUGAAGUCAUUUGUGAAUACAUCUGUAAGAAAAUACCCAUCCCACUACGAGACUUCACAUCACAACCAAGGCUUAUUGGUAGGUUUUGAGAACUACUUUGAAACACGAUUCAAAUGCUCGGUUACCUCAUUGAUGCUUUCGUAAUGAAAUAAAACAUUUUAUUGUUUGUAGUGAUUCGUUCUUUCGAUGUGAAUAAACCCGGUUGCGAAGUACAAGAUUUGAAGGGUGGUGUCGCUGGCGGAAGUAUUUUACGUGGAGUGUUAAAAGUAUGGUGAAACAAAUUGUCUUUAUACAGUAUAUAUCACUUGCACAUGAAAUUUGAAUAUAAAUUCAAUAUAACAGCAAUUCAUUUUGUCAACAUACCUCAAGAAUAAUUUCAUCUCAUUGAAAUUUAAAAAAUGAGUUAAAACAAGACCAGCUUUUCAAAGCACACGCUAGGGCAUAUUUUAUCAAUCGCGUCUUCGUUCAGGUUGGUCAGGAAAUCGAAGUGCGACCAGGGAUUGUUUCCAAGGACGAGAAAGGGAAACUACGUUGGGAGCCAAUCUGUUCCGUGAUCGUUUCGUUGUUUGCUGAACAGAAUGAUCUACAGUAUGCUGUACCGGGUGGUCUUAUUGGUAAGCUUGGCUUUUGAAUGUUAUGAAUUUUUACCGAACUUUAUAGACUGUUGAUGUUCUAUAAUGACUGUCAAUGACUAAUCUGGAUGUCGAGAAAUUAGAAAAGUUUAAAACUGAGAGGUCUAUGCUAGCUAUGCUUCUCACUGGACCUCUGGGAAGAUUUAUAGUUUAAUUUUUUAAAGCCAUCCUUUACAACUUGUAUAUAGAAUGGAACGCACUAACCAACUUUGAAUUGCCUAUAUUUAUUUGAUUAUCUUUUAUCAUAAACAGGUGUUGGAACAAAAAUUGACCCCACUCUUUGCAGAGCAGACAGAAUGGUCGGACACGUAAGUAGCAAUCCAAUGGAUCAUUUGAUGAAAUUCUUGUAUUGUUGCUGAACCAUCCAGUGCUUGGUUUAGCGAAUGUAGUUCAAGUUUGAUGGCGUGCACACGAGCUGGUUAAAGCGGACUGUCAAGUAUUCGUAAUGGUAAACAGUCUUUAUAAAGCUUGUGAUAUUGUUUCAGGUGUUGGGUGCUGCUGAUGCUUUGCCAGACAUCUACACAGAAUUGGAAAUCAGUUAUUUCUUGUUGAGGAGACUGCUGGGCGUUAGAACUGAAGGCGACAAGAAGGCCGCAAAGGUAGAUGGAUAUGCACCCUUAAUGUCGCGGAACGAUGACUGCACAGAUGACAUUUAUAAUAAAUAAAGUUAGUUUAAGUUUCCUCCUGUAGUAACACUGGAUCAAUAAGAGAUAAUCCUUACUGGACCUCUAGGGAGAACAGUUUAGAACUGAUAGAGCUAUUCAGUAUAAAUAAAGUUAGUUUAGUUUACGUUUCCUCCUGUAGUAGCACUGGAUCAAUAAGAGAUGAUCCUUACUGGACCUCUAGGAAGAACAGUUUAGAACUGAUAGAGCUAUCCAGUAUAAAUAAGUUAGUUUAGUUUAGGUUUCCUCCUGUAGUAAGACUGGAUCAAUAAGAGAUGAUCCUUACUGGACCUCCAGGACGAACAGUUUAGAACUGAUAGAGCUAUCCAGUAUAAAUAAAGUUAGUUUACGUUUCCUCCUGUACAGUAGUUACACUAGAUCAAUCUGAUAUAAUCCUUGCUUGGACGUCUAGGUAAUCCAAGAUAAUUAAAAUGUUGCUAAAUGGUCAUCUAGGUACAAAAAUUAUCAAAGAACGAAGUUUUGAUGGUGAACAUUGGUUCUCUGUCGACUGGUGGCCGUGUUAUUGCGGUGAAAGUUGAUUUGGCGAAGAUUGUAUUGACGCAACCGGUCUGUACUGAGAUUGGAGAGAAGAUUGCUUUGAGCAGAAGGGUGGAAAAACAUUGGAGGUGAGGUUUAAAGAUGUUUGUCUAGUUCCUUAAUUUGUUUGUUUGUUCGUUUAUUAGUUACCGGUAGUUAAUUAAUUAGUUUGUUUAUUUGUUAGUUUGUUAAUUGGUUAGUUAGCUUGUGUGUUUUGUUGGUUGGCUUUUGAAAACGGAGUUCUGGCUUUUGAAAACGGAGUUCUGGCAUUUGAAAACGGAUUGUUGGCAUUUGAAAAGGGAGUUCUUUAUGGCAUUUGAAAAGGGAAUUCUUUAUGGCAUUUGAAAACGGAGUUGUGGCUUUUGAAAACGGACAUCUGACAAACAGACAGAUAUAGGCCCCGGUAGACAUAGAAUUGGUUGGUUGGUUGUCUUUCCACCCAGUCUAAUCAAAAUUCUUUAUUUACAGAUUGAUUGGCUGGGGUCAAAUCAGAAGAGGACUGACCAUGAAAGAUGGUGCCAACUAAUUAUACUUGGAACACACGAACUGCUUUCUAAUUCUGUUAUUACUACAGCAUAUAAACAAACCACACUGUACAUUUAUGUCUCGAAGUUUCCCACGAAAAUUUGCUACGUUUCUGUACGGUGCGGUUGAAUUAGUAAACAGAUGUACUUGUGUGACUAAUAUUUAACGUAUAGAUCAGGAUUUAACCACAUAGACUGUCAGGGGAUAUACAUCAAGCGAUCUGUAAACAAAGUAGUCAGACAGGCCAGCUAUGCAAGAAUGGGUCUAUAUUAAAUUCCUUUUCUGCCAGGUUAAUCCAAUAUAUUGUAGCGCAAAUCUAGACAGAUGAAAUAAUUCAGUAUUUCGGUUUGUUCUCUAUUUAAUUGC